GUGAAAGUCGCAGCUGCAGCGUGUGCACCGACAUGGGCAUGUGGGCCUCAGACAUGGACAGAAGCGAAGCUGCCGUGUAGCAUUUGCUGAUCUUUUCAGGGAGCCUUAUUUAUCACUUCAGGAAUGGGAUCCUUUAUCCGGAAACCCAGGUCCCGAGCAUUCUGGAUAACAGGAAUGAACCAAAGAACCAGCACCAUGAAGGCAACCCCUAAUAGUUUGAUGAUCACAAACCCAAUACUGGAAUGUUCCGAGUCCGUACCUUUGACAAGUACAUAACACAAGCCAAAACAGAAUUUUAUUGCUUAUUGCUUUAAGACUUUGAACAAUGGAGGAGUUUCCAAACACAGAGGGACCCGAAUAUGACCAAACCCUAAAUAUUGACUCAUUUAUUGAGUACUUAAUGGCCAUCCAAGGUGAUGAGAACUCACAAAAUGAAAACGGGAUAGAGAACAGCGAAAACAGUUUGAUUUUGGAUGCUGAAACUGAUACAACCCAACAUUCCGAGGUGGAGUCAGACCCAACAAACACUACAAAAACGGAGGUUAUCGGAAACGAGGAAAACAAUGAAUUUGGUGAUAAAUUGUUCACAUGCCACACACACAAUAUGGAUCGUGUGUAUUGUACGUGGCUUGGCACUAAUUACUGGUACAUGUAUGCAAAACCAUACUGGGACACUCAGCUGCCUUCAGAAGAGGAACUUUUUGAUGAUCGUCUCAACUAUUUGGAAUGUUCUGAUGUCAUGACCGAUUAUACCAAUGGAAUGUGGGAACAGGCUCUGUUAGACUCUGACCCCAGAUCUUUACUGGAAAGUGACCAGUGUGAUGAGACAAAGCAAAGCCUGGAUUACCUAAAUGGGUGUGAUCUUGCUCCUAGUGGUGUGACUGCUUUGAAUAAAGUGUCGGAUAACAGUGGAGAUGAGGAGGGCACCUUUACUGGUCUCUGUGUCAGUCCCCCACAGCCAACAGAAGAAGCUGUCAGAGAAGAACUCUCCAGGGAUUGCCUGGAAGUUCUACAGCCAGACAUGGUUAUAACUGUGGGGCAUCAACAAGAUGAAACCUCCAGUGUGAGAAGCAAAGAGAGAUGUAAACUGCCUUUCUCUGCAGCCGCCAUUCAGAAUGACCAGGCUGGCAUUGAGGAGGAGAACAAAGAGAACAGCCUUGUUGGAGAACUGUCUACUCAUGGCAAACAAUUCCUUGGUAAUACUCUAGUGGAAUGCCUCUCGGGAAACAGUAUAGAAACCUCGGUGAAUAUUAAAUGCAUGAACCCACAGACAGAUGAACAGAUGGAGACUUUUCUUAUACAGACUUCCCCAGUCACGGAGACAGAAAGUGAGAAGCAGUUGCUGGAAGAGAGAAUGGUCAUGCCUCUUGGAGACAAUGGUCCCUCAAAGUCCACAGAGGUGGAAUCUAGCCAACAGUUCUCCGGUAUAAGUUUAACUGACAUAAAUAGAACUCUUCUAUCCCAGAACAAAGAGAAAAAUAAAGGACAAGUCUACAAGAAACCAGCAGAGGCGGUUUCCAAAAUUCUGGAGCAACAGGUGGCCAGCAAGUGCCACUGUAACAUGGAAUGUCCAGCAGGAAGGAACUCCAAAGAAAACACGUCACUUAUAUUUACAAAUGGCAAUAAACUCUACAGUCUUCAGUCUGAAAUCAGCAGUCAGUCAAGCCAGGAACACAAAUCCCCCACAGAGGUUUCUGGAUGUGAUGCCAAUGGGCUCCCCAAGGUACACAAUGACUGUCCUUUUCACAAACCUAACAUUAUGCCAAAAGACAUUUCUUCAGCUUUAUUGGAGGAAAAUAUACAUUAUACCCAGCCAUUUGAUAAUAAGGACAUUUUGGGAGAAAGUGUGUUUCCUGCACAGUUUUCUACUACAGCGGACAAGCCAAUGGGCAACAUGGAAAAAGGAACCCAACUUAUUGAAUCUGUAAGUGUUAAAGGCACAUUGGACGCAGGGAUCGACAAAAAUACUGAUCAAGGCAGUAAUCCUUCUUCUGAAAAUACAGACUAUGGUAGAAUGUUUAGCCGUGGAGUCACAGACCAGCUCAAAAUGAAUUUUCUAGCUAUCACAAAGAAAGCAAAGGGCUUGACUAUCCAAGAACGUCAAAAAGAUACAAAUGCUAAAAGAAGGCCUUCAAAUCAAGAAGUCUUAAAAGAUGCACAACGAGUGAAUUUAAAGGCCAAUAAGAAUGUGUCUUGUGCUGACAACUCCAUCCCAAGCACAGGCAAAGCUCCCUGCAGUAGCAGUGGAACUAAAACCAAAGGGAAAGCUUCUUGUGGUGGUCUAAAUGAGGGCCUUCAACCCUCAGAACAAUUGCUGCAGAUCUACAGUGGUAGUUUGACUAGUAACAGAGAACUACAAAAUGGUGGUGUUGUCAGUAAACUAAAACUAGAUAAAGGUAACUUGGAAAGAACAGCAUCAACCACCUUUAAAUCAAAACCAGAGGAACAAGGUUCUUCUGGUGGAACAGUGCAUACGGAUUUAGAUGAAGAAGAUAAUGCAGAUGACAUUCCAAAUUCCCAGGAGCUGUUAUUUAUCACUGAGGAUUCUGAUCUAUAUCAAACCAAUGAGUUGGCUACUAAAAUAGAUAGCAAGCAAAAGCUCCAGGGCACAAACACACUGGCAAGUGAAGUCCCAAAACCAAAUGGCUCACAAACUCCAGUCGCUUCUACUGAUUUGGUGGAGAUCAAAGCAGAAAAGAACGUGGCUAAAAGAACUUUACAUGCACAGGGGAAGGGAUGCAGCUCAAAAUCAAAGUUCAAUGACAAACAGACAUUGGGGGUAAAGGAGGAAUUGCCAGGAGAUAAAGAAAAUCUCAUCAAAAAGGAGGACAAGAUGGAGACUUCUGCUUCAACUGGGAAAGAUAAAGACAAUAAAGCUCCCAAAUUACUGCACAACAUACAGGUUGAAAUGUUCCCUAACUACUCUGGAAAUAUGAAAUUGUUCUGUCGGUUCAGAGACAUCCAUGGGGACUCCACAAUCACUUGGACAAAGGAUUCAAAGCUGCUGGCUCGGAUGCACAGAAGCUCAAGUGAUGAGUCUCCUGUUUCACUCGCAAUAGUGCAAAUGAGUAAAAAAGACCAAGGGGCAUAUCUGUGCACUCUGAAGAAUGCCUAUGGAAAAGUAUCGUCUGAAUUUCUUCUGACAUCUGACGUGAUGGAGCAGCUGUCUCGCUAUCCAGAAGCUGAAGGCGGUGAGGAGAUUGAAUUCAACCAGCUCUUGUUCCGAGAGGACUUCAUCACCGACAUGUACUUUGGGGGCAACCUGCAUGGCAGAAUCGCUACUGAAGACUUGCACUUUGGGGAAGGAGUUCAUAGGAAGGCGUUCCGGAGUAAAGUCAUGUGCGGCUUAUUACCUGUCUUCAACCCUGGUCACCUGUGCGUUCUGAAAGUGCACAACGCUAUAGCGUAUGGGACGAAGAACAGCGAUGAACUUGUGCAAAGGAACUAUAAGCUUGCUGUGCAGGAAUGCUACGUGCAAAACACUGCUCGGGAAUAUGCUAAGAUCUAUGCGUCAGAGGCGGAACAGUUAGAAGAUUUUGGAAAAGUUCCAGAGAUAAUUCCGAUCUUCCUCAUCCAUCGUCCAGCAAACAAUAUCCCAUAUGCAACAGUGGAGGAGGAACUAAUAGGGGACUUUGUCAAGUAUUCCGUGAAGGACGGGAAGGAGAUCAAUGUCCUGAGAAAGGACUCAGAGGCCGGGCAGAAAUGCUGCACUUUCCAGCACUGGGUAUAUGAGAAGACCAAUGGAAAUUUACUGGUCACUGAUAUGCAGGGUGUUGGAAUGAAACUGACAGAUGUUGGCAUAGCAACAAUAUCUAAAGGGUACAAGGGAUUUAAAGGGAACUGUUCGGUAUCUUUCAUUGAUCAGUUCAAGGCCAUACACCAGUGCAACAAGUACUGUGAAAUUAUUGGAUUGAAGUCCCUGAAAGCCAACCCAGCGAAGUCAAAGAAACCAAGCCCUGCCAAGGAAAGGACUCAGCCCAGCACAGCGGGAGCCCGAAAAAGCAAAAAUGGGCCCAAGUCGAAGCAUAAAACGUAGUUCCUCUCUGUCACUAUUUUGAGAGGAAUGCGCUUUCCUAAUCAUAUUGAGUUACCCACGGAGAGGACAUUACUGGUUGCCUAGAAACAUGAGCAGCAGUUAGUUAAACCAGCAGAUGGACUGAUUCACAGCCGCUUAGUGUGGAACAUUUUGUAUUCCCUUUUCUGUACAGAAUAUUCAUAGUUUUCCUAAGGAAAUAGUAUAUAUAAUAGCGCAGGGAUAGCGCAGAAAACACGCCGCUCUCCAGCAUCAGCUGAUCUAAAAUUCCCAUCAUCCCUUUGACUGACAGGGGGGAUUGGAAGUUGUAGAUCAAUGUAUACUGGGGGACUACAGGCUGGAUAGCCAGAGUUGUUUAUGUUUAUGAUUGAUUUUCUUUUUUUAAUAACUUGCACAGCUCAUGUGUACAGCAAGUGGGGGGCCCAGAACAUUACACAAAGUUUCUACUAUAGCUUCAACCUUUUCUCCUGCACUCCACUUGCGGCACAAUUAAGUAUGGCUUCCCGUGCUUUGCCAUGGAAAAUAUUGUGAGAAAACAGGACUUUCUGGAUAAUUCGUUUCCAGAUUAUAGAUUACAUAUCUAACAGCAGGGGUGGAUGAAAUCUAAGUUUCAGUUCCAAAAAACCGACAGAACCUUGUGGGAAAAUAAGUGGAGUGUUGAUUGGAUCUGGAAUUGGAUCUGGGAUGUGUUGUGGUUCACACGGUCACCACCAUGUGAACCAGGAGUGGCCAAUUGUUUUUCUGUUCAUAAAUAUUGCAAUUUUGGCAAUUUUACUCAAAAUCACUUGUCUACCAGUGGGUGCUGGAGAAAAGGAAGAAAACUUUUUGUACUAAUUAAAUUGUAUUGCUUUAUAAAUGUGUUAAACCGGCUAAGGAUUCAUGCUCUUAAUUUAUUAACAAUUGAAAUGUAUUUAUUGGUUUUGUUUUUUGCACAUAUUUUAUUGCUCUAUUGAUAUCUGCCUGUCUCGCCAUCUCUUUCAUCUGUCUGUCUUUCAUCUAUCUGAUUUAUCAACUAAGCUACUGUAUGUAUCCACCUUCAUUAACAAGCUUACCUCUCUUAAAUCUGUCAUCUAUCUGUCAUCUAUCUAUUAACUAUCUAUCAUCUAUCUAUCUAUUAUCUAUCUAUCUAUU